CUGGAGCGUUUCCCAUACUAUCUGCGUGGGCAACGGGGGCUCUCGGAAAACACCGAGAGAGUUUACCUCGCGGACCUGCAGGCCUUUCGGGAAUUUCUCCUUAAGGACGACCUGUCGCUGCGGGACAUGGAUCGCGCCACCCUGCGUGGCUACCUGGCGUGGCUUGCGACACCGCUCAGGGAAGGCGGCAAGGGAUACGAGCGGGUGAGCGUAUCCCGCAAGCUGACCGUUCUGCGCUCGUUCUACCUGUUCCUGGUGCAGGAAGGCAUGUUCCAGUCCACGCCCGUCCCUUCCGGGCGGAGCUUCCGGCUGAAGGUUGCCAAGUCGUUGCCGACCUUCCUGGGGCACAAAGAGGCCGAACGGCUAUUGGACGCACCCGAUGAUUCCACUUCUAUGGGAGUGCGGGACAAGGCGAUCCUGGAACUGCUGUACAGCUGCGGUGUCAGGCUGGCUGAGAUCCACGGGAUGAAUCUGCCCGACAUCAAUUUCGGACAGCGGUCGAUACUGGUCCGCGGCAAGGGGAACAAGGAGAGGGAGGCGCUGUAUGGCGUGCCCGCCGAGACCGCGCUGAUGCGCUACCUUAACGAAGUCCGGCCCGAACUGGACGAAGAGGCGGCUUCUGGUGAAAAGACGGACGCGCUGUUUCUGAACCGGUACGGGAAGCGGCUUUCCCGGCGCAGCAUCGAGAGCCUGGUGCGGAAGCACGGGACGGCGGCGGGAACCCGCGACGAAGUCCAUCCCCACACCCUGCGCCACACCUAUGCCACGCACAUGCUCGAGGGCGGAGCUGAUCUCAGGGUGAUCCAGGAACUCCUGGGGCACUCCAGCCCCCAGACCACCCAGAUCUACACCCACAUUACCAAGAACGAGGCGUUGCACGCCUACCUGGCCCAUCACCCUCGCGCGGAUGAACCAACCGCUUCAUCGCGCCCAGAACCAGAGGAGGAGUAA